AUGUCUUCGCUUCAUGUUAACAAAAUUAAUCUCACAUCGUUUCACAAAAUACUUGCUUGCUACCCUGCAACAGCUCCAGAGAAGCUGCGCGACCUAGACGCGCAACGCUACGAUGUUAUUCCAUUGGCCGUGGCCAGCAGGAACGGAAGCAACAAACAUCUCACGAAACCAGAGGUAGAGAAGCUUGUAGAGUGGAAACUAAAACAUGGUACAUUCCGACCUGCACUACUUGGUCUCGUGCAAAGCAAUACUUCACAAGCAGUCGAAGAGACUACGAAGAAAGCCUUUGCGGCAAUUUCAGAUGAUGAGUGCUCGCAGGCAAAUAUCAUUCAGGCACUCAAAAUACUAGCUAGUCUAAAAGGAAUUGGACCAGCAACGUCGUCUCUUCUCCUCUCCGUUCUCCGGCCUGAAGAAAUUCCAUUUUUCUCUGAUGAAUUGUUCCGUUGGUCUUGCUGGGAUUCUGAAGUCAAAGCUAAGGAAAGUGCGGGAUGGCAGAGGAAGAUCAAGUAUAAUUUCAAGGAAUAUGAGAUGAUGUUUGUAAGAGUAAAGAAACUGAGGAUGAGGCUAGGGAAGAGUCCAGAUCAAAAACCUGGGCCAAUUGUAAGAGCGGUAGAUAUAGAAAAGGUGGCUUGGGUGCUUGGGAAAGAAGGGAAGGAUGUUGGGACACUGGAGGAAGACGAGGACAGCCAAGCUGGUGGUGAUGAAAAGGGCCCCGUCAAGGAAGAAGAGACGCAAGAGACAAAACCCGAUGCUGGUAAAGACAGCAAAGAGGAGGUGACUAAGGGCCCAGCGAAGAAAGGUACAAAACGGAAAGCUGGUCCUGUCAAAACGCUAGUUGAAGGCACACGCAAAAGUACUAGGACGAAGAAGUAA